GGCGUGCACGCGGCGCCAAUGGGGUUUCAUUAUUUCCUUAGCAGAACCUAGAAUCAUGUGCUAGCUUUUGAGCAGGCACAGAGAACCAUCAUCUUAGUUGGGUGUCGCAGAGCUACACUACACGAAAAGGAACAGCCGAAACUAUACACAAUACACAUAAGCGCAGAAGUAGACACGCAUGCGUGCGUGUACAAAGAUUCUGAAAUAAACAAGUGUUAGAUCCUUUUAUUAUAUGUAUAUAUAAGAAUAUGGCAAAGAUGGGGGCGUUGUCAAAUGCCAAUAACUCCUCCCGUUGCCUGACCCACCAACCGGAUUACAUUACAAAAAUGGUAAAGCUAAGUUCUUCCUUGAUGCCCAAGCGGAUGAUGGCCCUUCACUCUGACAACACCUUUGUGAUAUGGUACCAGCAGCCACAGCAGCACAAGGAAGAGGGGGGGACUCCGCGGGACUCGUCAUUACAGCCUUUUCCCCGGGCACCACUCCAGCCGCACAGCUCACUCCAGCCGAAAGCACGCCAUGGCAGAGGAGAAGAAGAGGCACAAGCACAAGCACAAGGAGAAGGAGAAGGAGAAGCAGUCAGGCGGCACGGAGCAGGCGGCGCACUUCAAGCCGUGCGCCGACGUGAAGGGCAUCCGGUUCGGGGGCCAGUUCAUCGUGAAGUCGUUCACGGUGCGGCGGGCGUCGCCGCUGGAGCUGCUGCGGCUGCUGGACAUCCCGCCGUCUUACCUGAGCGAGUGCCAGAGCCUGCCGUUCCCGUCCACCACCACCUACAUGCCCACCAGCUUCACCAUCCUGGCGCACCAGGCGUGGCACACGCUGACGCUGGGCCUGGGCACCAAGAAGUCCAAGGUGGUGCUCUUCGUGUUCGAGUCCGAGAGCAUGAAGGCGGCCGUGGACCAGCUGUGGCCCGCCAUGAUCCCGCUCGGGGACGUGAACAAGAAGCUCAUCCGUGGGCUCACGGGCAGCGAGAUGGCGCGGUUCAAGUUCCGCAAGGGCUGCCUCACCAUCUACGUCUACGCCGUGCGGCGGCUCGGCGCCGCCGGGUUCAUGCGCACCGAUGACCUCAGGCGGAUACUGCAGUCGGUCGUGGAGCUCAAGGACUUCCUGGACCACACCGCCAUGCUCGCCAUCCCGAGCCAGAAGAGCAUCACUCUGCAAUCCCGGACAGCGGCGGUAGCUCACUGAGAUCACAGCGCAUGUCAUCUCCUUCCUCUGAAUCUCUGAUCUGAUGACGCUACGAGAACAUCGAUCGGUUCAGCAUCGCAGAACAGAACAGGAUGGCCAAAUGGAGCUGUCAGUGUUCACUUCGAGAAAGAAAAUGGAGCUGCUAGAUGGGGAAGGUGAAUGCUACAGGAUCUCAGAGAAAGUGAAUGCUAUUAUCUCUCUCCUUAUGUGGGAAGUAGCCAUCAUGUAACUAGUAGAAAAAGAUGUAUAGAUGCUAUCUUUUGACCUGUUUGGAGGGGUGACAGUGUGACACCAAUUUUUCCGAGCA